AUGGCGCCUAUUACCAUCAAUGCUAUAUACAAGCCAAGAAAGUUAUACAAGCAAAAUAAACUAAAGACCAUUCAAAACAUAAAGGCCGAAGCAGAGAUGCGAAUAUUAGCUUGUGUCCACAACCCUCGGCAAGCCACAGGAAUGAUCAACAUCCUUGAAGCAUGCCACACCACAAAAUUCUCCCCUCUACGCGUGUUUGCACUUCACCUUGUUGAACUAAGUGGAAACACCACUUCCCUUUUGGCUACCUAUAUCAAUCAGCAAAGCCAACAGCAAAGUGGUGGUGCACUAGCCCCCACCAAAACGCAGCUAGACUUGGAGAGCAUCACUAAAAUUUUCCAAACAUACACAGGUGUAAUUGAGGACAAUAACGUGGAGACCAUUUCAGCUGCAUCCACCUAUUCAACCAUUCAUGAGGACAUAUACAACGUGUCACAUGACAAACAAGCAAACCUGAUUCUCCUUCCUUUCCACAAACAAUCAAACAUAGAAGGCAUUCUAGAGAUAGCCAACCCUGCAUUCCAACAGAUAAACCGCAAUGUGAUGAGAGAUGCACCAUGUUCUGUGGGAAUCUUUGUUGACCGUGGACUUGGGUCAUUGUUCAAAGUGAACUUACGUGUGGUUAUGGUUUUUAUUAGUGGUCCUGAUGACCGUGAAGCAUUGGCUGUUGCAUGGAGGAUGUCAAAGCAUGAAGGGGUGCAACUAUCUGUGGUGAGGAUCCUCAUGUUUGGUGAGGCUAGAGAAGUUGAUGUUUUGUCCCGUGUCGAGUCUCGUGGACUAUUAUCUGCGGUAGUAGACAAUGAGAAGCAAAAGGAGUUGGAUGAUGAGUAUGUGAGUGCGUUCAGAAUAAAAGCAGUGAGCAACGAGGAUUCUAUAAAGUAUUCAGAGAAAGAAGUUCGUUGUCGUGAUGAUAUUCCUGAAGUGCUUAAUGAGAUUGAUCAAUUUGGUUAUGAUUUGUAUCUUAUAGGACAAGGGGCAGGUAGGAGCUGUUUGAUAUUCUCAGAGUUGAUGAAAUGGACCGAUUGUCCGGAACUUGGUGUCAUAGGGGACAUAGUGGCCUCAAAUAAUUUUGGUUCAAGCUCUUCACUGCUUGUUGUACAGCAAUAUGGGUUUGGGGGAAUGGUGUUUGAGGACAGUAAUACCACAGAGCAUCCUGGGGAAGUAGUGCCUUCAAAUAAUGAAGAUGACUCUGGGGCACUUGCUGUGAAGGUAGAAUAG